GAGACAUCCAUUUAUUGCAGGACUCUUUACCGAUGAUAGCACUGUGAAAUAAAAGUGCCUAGAUCAAAGAGUUCUUAAUUAUGAUUUAAAACAACUUAUAUUUAAUUUUCUUCAAUAUAUUUGUGAUAAAAUGACAUCCCUACAUUUCGCUGUGCAGCCUUUGCCCGGCAACGAUGAUUUAUUAAUUGAUAAAUUACGUGAAGUUUCUGAGAGGUUUAGUCGACAUGGCUUUGCUGCUCCGACAGCUUUGAGUAGUUUGAGGAAUGUGACUAUUACAGAAUGUGCUGUAGGACCAAGCCAUAUUGCUCUUUUAAGAGAGGAUGGCAGAGUGUGUCGUGUUGCUUAUCAUGUUGCUACUGACAAAUUGGACCUCAGCAAAUCUGACACGAAACCAAAACCUAGCAAGCUUGAGAAGCUAGAGAGAACUUCUUCAACUGCCAGGAGUGGCACAGUUGUAAUGGAGAGUCCUAUUGUCUUAGUUUCUGAUGCUCUAGGCUCUGCUGCGGCUCAGUCCUCAGCCACAGGACGCUGGUCAGCUGUGGCGUCAAAUCCCACAGUGACCCGAAGUGGAUCCGUUGUCACUGGAGGUGCUACGGGUGGCAGUGCCAGCGGUGGGGCCAACAACAACCAGCCUGCAGGCUUCAGCAGGAUGCAAAGGGCAGUGCAUGUUAGCAGAGGUGGUCGUAGGUCAGGUGUUAUUGUGGGCGGUCGUCCACUUGUUCCUGCCUCUGUUGUUCCAGAAGAUCUCAUUAGCCAGUGUCAAGUUGUACUGCAGGGUAAAUCCAGAAAUCUUAUUAUCAGAGAACUACAGAGAACUAACCUUGAUGUAAAUAUGGCUGUGAAUAACUUACUAAGCAGGGAUGAUGAAGGAGAAGGAGAUGAUGAUGACAGUCAAGACUCGUAUGUCCCAGAUGAUUUGAUUUCUCUCUUGGACUCGGGCGUCCAUGGUGAGCACCCGUCUGUCAUCAUUGAUGCUGAUGCUAUGUUCAAUGAAGAUGUCUUUGGGUACUCUACCCUUAGAAAUCGAGGGUCUGGAACACGCUCCAGGCUUGCUUGCUUUUUAACAGGGGAAAGAGAGAGGGAUUUAGAGCGUGACAGGGAUUCUAUGUUUCGCAUACGUGACCACCGAAGGAGACUUGAGACCACUUUUAGAGACGAGACCCUGAAGUCAUUGGAGCGAGACAAGGCGGACGGUGGGGGGUCUGAUGGAGGGAAGAAGCAGAAUUCUCCAGCGCAAAAUCCGUUGAUCUUCGGAGAAGAGUUGCAGUACUGGAACGAGAAAGAUGUGGAUGCGCCAUUAUUUAAGCACAUUGAAGCCAUGUAUUCAGAUCUUAUAGCUGUAGGAAAAGAUGGGCGUCUAUACAGUUGGAAGUGGUCAGAUCCAGAACCUUACAAAAAUGUAGAGAAUCCACACAUUCAUCAUCCAAAAGCUGCAGCUCUGGGUCUCGUCCAGGAAAAAAUAACUCUUCUAUCUGCUUGUGCUGUGAGAGCUACUGUGUUGACAGAAUCUGGGAAAGUUGCUACUUGGCUCGAUGAAUCUUUGAACUCUGUGGCUACCAAGCUAGAACAUACGGCUCAGCAGUUCCCAGAGUUCCAGAGUGACAGCAUUGUGUCUCUACACACAUGCAGCCUCUACACCUGCGCUAGACUUGAAAGUGGCGCUCUUUACUGGUGGGGUGUGAUGCCAUUUGCUCAAAGAAAGAAACUAGUAGAGCGCUCCAGUAAGAAAAAAAAGGCUAAGGAGUCUUCUGCAGCAGCUUCUGAGAUUGUAGCCGGAGCUACGGUCUGUCUCCGCAGUGCACCACUAUAUAAUGCCGGCGCUAUUGCUUUCACUGAAAUUAAUGGUGUACCCAAAGUUGGAGUCUUGUUAGAGUCUGCUUGGACACUAACUGAGCCUUGUCGGUUCAGAAUUCGACAGCCAGGAGUAGAUUUGAAAGCAGAACCCAGCAAACCCGAGCCACCUAAGUCAAGUGAGAUUAAAACAGACAUGCCACCCCCUUCCCCUGCCUCUUCAGUCUGCAGUGAUCACAGCAGUGCCUCAAUCUCACUCAAGAGAAAGAAAGGGCCUGUCACUCCUGUUAAAGAUGAUGAGAAAGAGGAAAGAUGGCCCCUGAAACAUGUAGUGUUUGUGGAAGAUGUCAAGACAGUUCAGCUUGGCAAAGUAUUAAAGGUUGAUGGAGUAUGUGCAGCUGUCAGAUUUAAUAGAGACUCUGACAUAGCAGGUUCCAGUAAAGAUGAUGUAUCCUCAUUGCUGCAGGACUGUAGACUUUUGCGUAAAGAUGAACUGCAGAUUGUGAAGACAACAGGGGGCCCUAGAAACCCAGAUUGUUUCCAGAAGCUGCCCAAAAAAGUUGCUUUUGCUGAACAUGGACAAAUAGAAGCUGUCACUGCAGAUGCAGAAGGUCUUCACAUUAUAUCUAGAAGUGGAUCUCGUCUGUACUACACAUACUACAAUCUCAGCACCCAAAAAGCUGAAGCCAACUGCUUGUUUCCCACCAGCUCAGAUGCCUUCCUAGGCACCAGAAUCCAUGAUGUCAACAUUGUUACUUGUGGAGUUUCUCCCCCUGCUGCUUCUAUCAUCCUGCGAGAUGGCAAUGGAGCCAUAUACCCACUGGCUAAGGAUUGCUCAGAAAACAUUAGAGAUCCUAUUUGGCUUGACCUUCCCCCAGUCUCUUCAGUUGGCAUGAGAAUUCAGAAGCUUCCAAACUUUGCCUUAGCAGGGAAAGAUUCUGCUCUGGUCAUAGCCUUUACAGUCAAGCACCAGCUUCUCAUGCCUCACAUCAACAGAUCUGAUAUCACUAAAGUCAAGUCUGUCAUUGCUUCAUUGGAAGAGGAGGCUAAAGAGUCUGUGGCCUCGACGCUCAAGCUGCAGGAAAUAUUGAAAGAACACUGUGAUGGUAACCGAAAUAUUCUUCACAUGUGUGUUGCAGCCUGCAUCCCACAGUCCAAUAAGGAAUGUGACAAUGAGACUCAACAAGGACCCAAUUCAUUCAGCUGCACCCUUGAUGCAGUGACCAGUGCUGUUGAUGCUAUAGCAUCUCUCCAGUCCAGAUCUGAGAGUUCAGCCAGCAGAAGUAUGAGUGUUAGAGAACUCAUCAGACGUGCCUCAUCUGCCGCUAGAGGUGUGAGUGGCUUGGACUCGAGAGAUUUGGACAGGGAUGAUUCUGGAAUAGCUGUUCCCACUAUCAGCUGGCCUUCAGAUCCUCCACCCAGUUAUGACUCCAUACCAUCUUCUGACUGGUCAACUCGCCAAUCAAAUUCUGCUACAUCAGUAGGUCAUGGGUCCGUGAGUGGUCCAUCUGGUCUAUCUGGGUCAGAAUUCAGCAAUAUCAAUGUGGCCCCAGUCAAAAUGGAUGACAAAGAGAGACGUGCGGUAGCUCUUCAAAUCUUAGAGGCUAUUCUGGAGUGCCCCUUGUUUCAGCCUCAUCUGUUUGAGCUAUUGAGUUCCAAGAAUGCUGAAGGAUGCACACCAUUUAUGCAAGCAGUUUGCUGCAGGGCCUACCCAGCAGCUUUGUCCAUUCUGGAAGCUGCCAUCAAAGUCAGGAACCAGCUUCAGGCAGAGGACAGUGUGGCCAGCACAGAGCUAAGCAGGUCUGAGCUGCUCAUGAGCAUGAUUUACCCACCAGGUUCUAGCCUGGACAACUCUCCGCUCCACGUUCUCUGCGCUAAUGACACCUGCAGUUUUACUUGGACAGGAGCCAACCAUAUAAAUCAGGACAUAUUCGAGUGCAAGACUUGUGGCCUAACUGGCACCUUGUGCUGCUGUACUGAAUGUGCUAGGGUCUGCCACAAAGGUCACGACUGUAAGCUGAAGAAGACGUCCCCCACGGCUUACUGUGACUGCUGGGAAAAGUGCAAAUGCAAAGCCCUCAUUGCUGGUGUUCAAACCUCAAGGAAUGCUCUGCUGAACAGACUGUUGCAGGUGACUGACCUGGUCACAGCCCCCAACUCCAGGGGAGAGAACAUUCUUCUCUUCUUGGUGCAGACGGUAGGCAGACAGCAAGUGGAACAGAGGCAGUUCCAGCCAACUAGAACAAGGGUGUCUGGAACGAGGAGAGCACAGCUUGCCGACUUAGACAUUGAAAUGCCAGAGCAUGAUUUGGAACCUCCUCGGUUUAGCAGGAGAGCUUUGGAGAGAAUCCUCAAUGAUUGGUCAGCUGUUAAAGCCAUGCUCAUCUCAGGAUUAAAGCAGCCAACCUCUGGAGGACCUGAUGUUGUCUAUGAGGAACAGAUUUAUCUAGAGAGUCAAAGUGGAACUGCCAGACUGGAUAAGUUCACACACUGUCUUCUAGUCAAAUGUAGUAGUGAAAUGCUGGACACACUGCUGACCACAUUGAUCAGAGAAAUGCAGUGUGAAGGGGUGCCCACACGAAGGGAAGAGGCUCGCCAAGUGACCAGGAGAUUUGUGCGCUCAGUGGCUCGUGUCUUUGUGGUGCUUAACAUAGGCAUGCUUCCCGCAGCGAGCAAAAAAAGAAGCCUUCAUGCCACUCCAUGUCAGCCCUUAGUGAAAUGCAAACGUGUAUUCCAGGCACUGAUAACCAUAGCGACAGAGGAACUGUGCCAAAUGGCCGAUGCUUUGAUUGUGCCAGUAAGAAUGGGUGUAGCUAGGCCAACGGCACCAUUUGCCCUAGUCAGCAUCAAUGCUGAUGCAGUACAGGGCAGUGAAGAGCUGUUUGUCUUGGACCCAUUGCCCCCGAGACCAUCUUCCACUGACACCACUACACAGCGAAUGCCAAUCCUGACUCACCGCUCACCUAGGCACAGGUCCCAACCCUUGUCACGGUCACCGGCACAUGAUGAGAGAAUGCCUGUUGAUAUUGAAGAGGUGGAGGUGGUGGAGAGCAUGCAGGUAGAGGAUGACCACAGUGACCGUGAGGACAGAGAUGAUCGCCAGUCUGAGCAUUCAGACAUAAACCUGGACCAUGACCCUGAGCAGCCUCCCCCUGACCCAGAGGAUGGACCAGCUGAAAGUGACAUGAGUCUAGUCAUGUUGACAGAGGAAUCUGACAGUGACAGUGAGAGUAGCCACAGUAACCAGGACAAUGUCAGUGUCCAGCGAUCAGCUGUUACCAUGGCAACAGCUGGCUCUGAUGCUGGUCUCGGCAGCUUGGCCCACUUCUCUGAAGACUCCGGAGACUCCUCUAACCAGGAAGAUGACUAUGAAAGUGAGGCAGGUGAGAGUGAAGAGAGAGACACUGAUGAAUUCAUUUACAUGGACGAGCAGCUCGAGAGGCCCACCACUGCGGGCCCAGGAGCACAAGGCCAGCGCACGCUGCAAGCACCUCAGACAAUGCAGUGGGCCAUAAGGCAGAGGGAUCCUGUAAUCACUACAACCGCCACUAGACCUCCAACUACUACGACCACAACAAGUACAGCAGCUGGAGGAAGCCUGAUUUACAUAGAUCCCUCAACCCUGAGGCGUUCUGUGUCUGUUGCUGCUCCCACUGUCACCAAUCAGGACAGCUCUGUGACCAUGGCAACAACCGCUAGUCAGUUGGCCCGAGCUUUUAGCAUCAUGAUUCGCCAAAUCACAGACUUGUUGAACCUUCUACCUUACUACCAUUCUCUGACCCCUAGCCUUCCAAGGGUCCUCGAUGUAACGCCGCAAGAGGAGCACAACCUUCAAGUUUACUUGGAACAGCACUUGCGUCCUACCUGGCAGUGGCUGGUUGCUGUUAUGGACUCCACAGAAGCCCAGCUUCGAUUUGGCUCUGCACUGAGUAACAACAGUGACCCUUCCUGCCCACAGCACCCCCUGCAUGCUAAUUACACCAGGAGCCAAAGAGAGAGGGCAGUACCACCGAGAGAGGAGACCAGGCCUAUGCAAGUCCUCGAUCACAAUAGAAGGCGGUUGAGAUUUGGAACUCUGGCUACCACAAGUGAUGGGAACUCUGCUAGAAGAGAUUUUCUCAGCUAUGCCCUGUCUUUGAUGCGAAGUCAUCACGAUGAACAUUCAGACUCACUGCCAGUUAUGGACAUUACCUCCUUGAGACAUAUAGCCUACGUAUUUGACGCUCUGAUCUACUACAUACGCACUGCUCCGGAUUCUGAUGUCGAGGCUUUGAGGGAUGGUGUGUCUGUCACUUCCUGGCAAGAUGGUGAGGAAGGCGAGGAGGAGCAUGAUGAAGAGUUGCCAGGGACAACGGCUACUUCUGGGCUGAACCUGGAGUCGGAGAGUUUGGAUGGAGACAGUGACAGUGCAACCAGGCUCGGCAGAAGGCAUCCAUUCUUUCAGCGGUCAGAUUCGACUAUAUUCAUGGGUUGCCCACCCCCGGACCCUUUUCAUACCCCACUUGUUGAGGCCUUGCCCUUGGCUGACCAGCCCCAUUUGCUGCAGCCAAAUGCUCGCAGGGAAGACUACUUUGGAAUGGCUAAGCCGACGGUUGUGUCAAAACCUGGACAGGGUACGACAGUAUCACUCGGACAGCAGUUGCCUCUCAGCCUGGCCCUCUCCUUGAAGCCUGAUGAUGAAAGAGUGCAGCUGACUCAAAGCUUGAGAAAUGCAUCUUUCCAGCCAAUCUCCUCUGCAGGUCAUGCAAGUACCAGCAGCACUGCCAGAUCUUUGUCUACAGUCACCAAUUUGGUCUCUUCGUACAGUUCUUCGAGGCUCAUAUCAGAUGUAAGGGCCUCUGACCAUUUCCCACAAAGUGUUGCUGUUAACUUGUCCCUGUCUGGGAGCAGCUCCAGUUUUGCCCAUGAUGCCUCGGACAACUCGGUGAACAUACAGCUGCCCCUAGAACCACCGCCCCCUUCUUUCCAGUCUGCAUUUAUAUCAGCAUUAAAUCCAGAGCCAUCUCCACUAGUCCUCACUUCAUCUUCAGCCACGUCUAGCGGCUUUGCCCUCCCUAACCCUUCCGCCCCCAUAGCACCCUUGACGCCAAGUCAGCUUGCCAGGGCUACCCUGUCUGCCUUCUCAGAAAUUGCCACAACAAGAGAGAGGAUGACAACAUCCCUCUCCACACCAACUACAACAACUGUCAGCACCACUCCUAUGCUGCCUAAUUACCAACUGCAUCUGCAGCAGUCAAUGGCGGCCCCUUCGCUCCCUGAUGUGGGUCAGGCUAGUGUGAUAGUCCACACCGCUUCCACCCCUACCCAGCAGAUAAACCAGGCCCCUGCCACUAGUCAACAGCCCCCCAGCUCCUUCAGCUCAACGUUCUCUCAUGCCGGCUCCAGUCACUCCACCACGCGGGCUGCUCUCAGUCAAGACAGUGAGGACUCUCACCCUCCAAUACGUCCCAAGAUACACUUUGCAUUUUUGGCAUGGUCGCAGAAUCAAGCAGCCUCCUCUGGCACUGCCCCCACUGCAUCUUCGUCUGUUGCUGUGAGCUUGCAAGGUGCCAGCAGUCCUCAAAUUAUACAGCCCUUGGCUGCUGGCCACGAGCCUUCUUUAAACAUCAGCUCAGAUGCUCAAGGAGAUUCAUCAGAUGCCCACAUGCUAACCCCUGCUUCUGUAAUGUCUCAUGCUGUACCACCAUCUCCUGCCCACACUCCUUCAUUGGCUCCUAAUGUGACGGAUGCUGCUGCCAGUAUGGACACGUCACCCAUUGACCUUGUUGGGGCCAACGAGAAUGUUUCCAACACAGUGGACAUUGAGACUAGUGACCAGCCCACUCACCAUGCACCGCCUCCUCCUCCCCCACCUCCCCCAGUCCCUGCACCCUCAAGCAUAUUGCCACCUCCACCACCACCCAUGACUAUGUCAGCUGUCAGACAUCAAGGUCCAGUUGGUCAGAUAGUAUCACAUGAUAUAUUACUUGGUCGCUGGAGGCUCUCUCUGGACCUGUUUGGCAGAGUUUUCUGUGACGAUGUCGGAGCAGAGCCUGGCUCGGUGGUGAGCGAGCUUGGUGGUUUCCCAGUCAAGGAAGGUCGCUUCAGAAGGGAGAUGGAGAAGUUACGCAACACACAGCAGAGGGAUUUGACUUUGGAGGUGGAACGUGAUCGCAAUGCUCUCUUGACGCAGACAUUCAAGCAGCUGAAUACUUAUUUCAACAGGCGAACAAACACGUCAGGGCCUCCCCUUUGUGUACACAGGGUCAAGGUUACAUUCAAAGAUGAACCAGGUGAAGGCAGCGGUGUUGCCAGGAGCUUUUACACAGCAGUGGCCAAUGCUGUUUUAUCCCAAGAGAAGUUGCCCUCCCUGGACUCAAUACUAGUUGGAGGAAAGAGUCUUCAGUAUACCACCAAAAAUCUGGAUAUAAUCCAUCGAUUGCGCUCUCGAGAGCGUGAAAGGGAAAGACAAAGGAGCACCAUCAGGCAGCGUAGCCGAGACAGAGAGAUGAGAAGAACUCUCUCCUAUGAUGCUCCUCCUUUUUACAUGCCCACUGAUGCUCCACCUGGAAGCUCAACUAGCGGAGUGUCAGGAAGUGACAAUGCAGACAGUGGGACAGAAGCAAUUUCACAGUAUCGGAGACAGCUUGGGGAAAGACUUUACCCAAAAGUCAGGGCGUAUAGGCCGGGACUUGCCGCCAAAAUUACAGGAAUGCUUCUAGAGCUAUCUCCCCCACAGUUGGUGUUACUUUUAGCAUCUGAUGAAAGCUUGCGCCAGAGAGUAGAUGAAGCUGUAGAGAUAAUCUCAUCUCAUGCCAGGGAAAUGAGCUCUGAUAGUUUCCUUGACCUUGACAUCUUCAACCUGUCCUCUGAGAAAUCCAAGACUCCUCCUACAGCUUCUGCAGUGAACAGUAGCCGAGGUGAGGGCCUGGCCUGUGAUCUGCUGAUGGAAGAGGAUAUUGAGGACAACGCCCCAUUGUUCUGGCAGCCUGGCAAGAGGGGCUACUACUCUCCACGUAUCGGGAAGGCCUCGCCUGAGAGGCUGAAUGCCUUUAGAAACAUUGGAAGGAUCAUUGGCCUUUGCUUGCUACAGAAUGAGAUCUGCCCACUAUUUUUUAACCGCCAUGUCCUGAAGUGUAUCCUUCGACGCCGCAUUGGCUGGCACGACCUUGCCUUCUUUGACCCUGUGAUGUACGAGUCCUUGAGGUCGCUGGUUGAGGAUGCAGAGACCAAAGAUGCUCAGCUUAUAUUUACUGCCCUGGAUUUGAACUUCUGUGUGGAGUUGAGUGCUGAAGAGGGCGGGGAACAGGUGGAGCUGGUGUCAGAUGGUGCAGAGGUGGAGGUAUCAGCCCAGAAUGUACAUAACUAUGUCAGGAAGUAUGCAGAAUAUCGUAUGGUUGUUGUGGCAGAGAAAGCCUUGCGGAAUCUUCGACUGGGCGUGUUUGAUGUGAUUCCCUCCAACUCCCUGGAUGGACUGACCGCUGAAGACCUGAGGUUGUUACUGAACGGUGUGGGAGAUAUCAAUGUGCAGACCCUCAUCAGUUACACGUCUUUCAAUGAUGAAUGUGGUGAAAGUUCAGAAAGAGUUCAGAGGUUUAAACGCUGGUUCUGGGCUGUAGUGGAAAAGAUGAACAAUUAUGAGCGACAAGAUUUGGUAUACUUCUGGACAUCCAGUCCGGCUCUUCCAGCCAGUGAGGAAGGCUUCCAGCCUAUGCCCAGCAUAACCAUUCGACCAGCUGAUGAUGACCACCUGCCUACAGCAAACACCUGCAUCUCACGCCUGUACAUCCCACUGUACUCAACAAAGGCCUUGCUUAAAACCAAACUUCUCCUGGCUAUCAAGACUAAAGCAUUUGGCUUUGUUUAACUCUCGACAGACUUUUAAGGUGUGCAUUCAAAUGAAAAUGUUACGGCACAGCACAGUUGUGUUUGUAAUGUUCCCCCACUGACGUCUUUAUUAUUUGUGACUCCAGCAAUGACCAGGACAGCACAACUAUGAUUUCAUCAGUUGACAUCAUGCACAGAUGUCAUUAUGCACAGAUGUCAUAUUUCUGCUUAAUCAAAGUGAGAGCUUUUGCCGAAAACAGUGUAAGCCUGUAUCAUUUAAAAAAAAGAAACAAAAUUAACUCCAGUGACUGCAAACAGCUCGAGUACUAAAGACAGAACUAUUUCAUUUCAUAAGUAUGCAAGGGAAGAAUGUAAAAACUGUAGGUGACUCAACGUAACUAUUUAUACAAAUGUUCCAUUCAUGUUUACAUUUAGAUCUAGUUGGAAACAAAUUUCAUAUUCAGUGGCACCAAUCUUACCUCAGUCAUUUAAAAUUCUGUUGGAUUCAUUUUCUAUUCAAUUUUUUACCCCAGUUGAAGUCAUGUAUUGGCUUUAAAUAUCCCUCAAUUUGAUGUGUAUGAAAUAAUGCCUGUACCUUGGUUUAUAAAACUGGGUUAUUGGAUUCGUGGAUAUAAUCUCUCAUUGAAACAGAUCAUUUUUAUCCCAUGCUAUUUCUGUCAUGUGGAUUUAAGGACCCAGAAACCUAAUGUUUCAGUAUCUUAAUGCAAAGAAAAUACAUUGAAUGAAUGUAAUGAACAUUUCUUUUAUUUCAAGUCUAUUUAUAAAUGACCAAUCACUGUAUUGGGAAAUAUAUGUUUGGGAAUGAGACUUUAGUGAGUUUUACUUGUUUCAAGUGUUUCACAUUUUGGACAUAGUGCUUGUGUGUGUCAGAUUUGUUUUACUGGCUAUAUCAUUUUCAUAUUUGGACACAGUGCAAGACGGCAGUAGCCAUUUUGUUUUUUUUUGACUGAAGGAAUUGAUUAAAAUUUCUGUUUGCCCAUCAACUAGA